AUGGCUAGUACUAAGAGAUACCUUCGCAAGAAAAAGCGACCCAGGGCACAGACCCGGAGAAGACACACAGUGCGCAAGAGAACCAUGAAGUCUAUGAAAAGCAGCAAAAGGCAGAAGCGCUCUACUAGAAUUGGUGCCAAGAUGGCAACAAGGCUGAGGACUGGCAGGAUGCGAAUGCGAAUGACCAGAGAUGCUUGGGGCAUGCUGCACUCCUUUGUAGAUGGCAUCUACAAAAAGGUAUCUGGGGAAGCGGAGCGCCUCAGGAAAAAAGGUGGCCGCCCCUCCAUAAUCUCCUCAGAUGUGCAAAGUGCCUUGAGACAAGUCAUGCCAAGGAAAUACACCAGACGAGUUGCCUACAGCAAAUCUCGUUAG